CUGUUUAUGAACCAACAGCAGUAAAACUUUAACUCCCCACCAUGUUUCACUGAUGUACUUAAGAACUGAAGAUGAGACCAGUUAAAGGAGACACAGCAGCUUUUACCAGGCUAAAUAAAAAAACACAGACAAGCAAAAUAAACAUUUCUUAACUAAAAACAACUUACACUAUGAAAUAUAUGCAUGUGCAUGUUUAGCAUCAGGUCCAUUGAUCCAGAUCUCCUGAUGUCAGAGUAAUAGAUGCAUCUGUUUGCUGUGAUCACAGAGAACCUUUCAGUUCAGAUCAGGUCGACUCUCUGGUGACUGUGACAGUGAGGUUACUGGCACUCAGAAAAACAGAGCAGCUGUUGAAAAAGCAUUACACUGAACAUAAACUAUGUACACACCCAGUGUGCUGUCUUCACCCUGGAGCUUUUAGACCUGGAGGAUUAGAGGCCUGAGUGAAGGCAACUCCUGAGGGCCAGAGGUGAUGAUGGGAUGAUGCUCCAGCUGCAGCUACUUCUCUUGCUGUCAUGAUAACAUAAUCACAGAUUUACACUGGACAAAAAUAUAAAUGCAACACUGUUGUUUUUGCUCCCAUUUUUCAUAAGUUAAAUAGACUUUUUCUGUACCCACAAAAGACUUAUUUCUCUCAAACUUUGUUCACAAACUUAUUUAAAUCCAUGUUAGUGAGCACUCCUCCCUUGCUAAGAUAAUCCAUCUACCUGACAGGUGUGGCAUAUCAAGAUGCUGAUUAAACAGCAUGAUUAUUCUGUUUCAUAUUUUUUAUUGAUGUGUAUACAAAAAUAACAAAGGCACUUACAUAUAUCUGGGCACAUUGGUGUCAGCAUUAGACGUGUUUGUAUACACCAUUAGAUUUAAGUUUACACAUUUUCAAGAACAAAUAACAGUUACAAUAUAUAUAUAUAUAUAUAUAGAACCAAAUAGACAAUACAGUGAAAAGGGUAUUUAGACAUAGUCUAUAUAAUUAAACUGUUAAACUGGUCACAUAAACACAAGAAUAAAUAAAAAUAAAUAAACAACAGUAAUGGAAGAGAAGAAGAAAGGAGAAAAAAAAGGGGGGGGUUACAUUGUUGCAAAGGAAUCCAUAAACGGUUGCCAAUUAUUGUGGAAUUUGUUCAAGUUUCCCCUUCUUGAAUACCUAAUUUUCUCUACUUUUAAAAAGGACAUAACCUCCUUAAUCCACUGAGUGUUGGAAGGAGCUGUUGUGGAUUUCCAGUUAAGAAGGAGGUGGCGUUUAGCAAUCACAGAUGUAAAAGCUAUUACUCCCAAUUCUUUAGCAGAGUAUUGUGUAUAUUCUUUCAGAAGACCAUAAAUGCAAAUAUUUGGUGAAGUGUCAAUAGUUCUUGAGAAAACCUUAGACAUGGUGCUGGAGUACAUUUGCCAAAUCCGAUUUAGCUAAGACCGCAAAUAGAUAACCCCAUUCAACUCGAUCGAAUGCCUUUUCGGUGUCAAUCAAUAUCACUACUUCAGGUGUAACUGUUGUUUCUUUUGAGUAGAUUACAUUUAACAAAGUUCGAACAUUAUAAUGGAGCUGACGCCCCUUUAUAAAGCCAGUCUGUUCCUUGGAAAUGAUUGUUGGAAGGACCUUAUCAAGUCAGCGAGCCAAGGCCUUCACCAGAAUCUCUGUACCUGCGUUCAUUAAAGAGAUUGGCCUAUAGGAGAUACAGAGAUCCGGAUCUUUGUCCCUCUUUAAGAGAACACUAAUAGAGGCUUGUCUCAAUGUAGGAGGGAGAAAACCAAGAGACAGAGAUUCAACAUAAACAGAAUGCAGUAAUGGAAUAAGUUUGGCCUGAAAAGCUUUAAAAAAUUGACAGAUGGGGUGGCUGCAAGCUGUUGGUCCACUGAUUCUAAAUCAGAGGAUAGCUUUUGAAUAGUUGACAUCCUUAAUUUUGUUAUGUGUGCAGAGUAUGAAAUUAUCUGACCCUGCAGAUAUGCUUUUAAGGACUCCCGCAAUAGCGCCUUAGAGAUAGGUUCCGAAUCAGAGUGGUUAAGAGCAUUUGUAAUAAAUUUAUGAAGAUAAAAGUGACAUAUUGAAUCACAAAUGGGUGGGAUAGCAAGGUCCGGGGGAAAUCUGAACAUCUAUGGACACAGGCCAAUGAUCUGAGACCAUAAUUGGAUGAUUCAAGACAUUUGUCACUUUUGGCAUAAGUUUAGCAUCUACAAAGAAAUAAUCUAUACGAGAGAAGGUCCGGUGCACAUGCGAGUAAAAGUAUUUCCUACCGCUCGGAUUACGAAAUCUCCAGGGGUCAACAUAGCCAUUAUUGGACAUGAAAUUGCAAAUGGCCUUAGCCAUUAAUGAUUAGGUUGAACCGGGUUUAGAGCGGUCUAAUUGAGGAUCAAUAGCACAGUUCAUGUCUCCUCCCAAAAUCAAAAAACAUUCACUCAGAGAUGGUAGAUUUUCAAACAACUUGUUCAUAAAACUAGGAUUAUCGCAAUUUGGUGCAUAUACAUCAACUAAUAGGAUAGGCACUCGAAAUAGAGUACCUGAGACAACCAGAUAUCUGCCGUCUUUGUCAGAUAUGGUAUUAGUUAGAGUAAAUGGGACAGAUUUACCGAUCAAAAUGGCAACCCCCCUGGCCUUUGAGUUGAAGCUAAAAUGGAAUACCUCAGCAACCCAGGGACAUUUCAGUCUAACUUGAUCUUUGUUCCUCAUGUGGGUUUCCUGCAAAAAAACAAUGUCAGGCUUCAAAUGUUUUAAAUGAGAAAACACUCUACACCGCUUAACAGCACCUCCUAACCCCUUAAUAUUCCAACUGAUAAAUCUUACAUUUGGGCUUGUAACAUUAAUAAUGUAAUAAUUAAUAAUGGUAAAAAUGUGUGGAAAGGCAGGGCUGAAUUAUCAGACAACACAAAGCUCAGAACCAUCAAAGAAACUUGUGCAGCAUGUUGACUGCCUGUCAUAACAGCGGGAGUCAUGGUGCCAUCUAUAUCAAAAAAUGAUCCAAGCAUAUCUUAAAAUAAUGAUAUAAUAUGCAGAACUAUUUGCAGACAGUGCUGUUAAAAGUCAUUUCAGCACCACUGCUUUAAAGAGUAACAUAGAUGCAGUGGCACCCACACUUAAACCCGUGUUUCAAUAACUUUGCAGUAACAAACCCAGGUCUACAUGAGAGUUUUAACGAAAGCUACGGCUUCACCAGGUGAUGUAAAUUCCCUUGUGACAUCCCCUCUAGUGAUCCAGAGGCGCGCUGGAUGUAGCGGCCCAAAUCAUAUGCCCGGGACGUCCCUGAGCUGGCGUCUGAUAUCAUUGAAAGCUGCGUUGUCCGUGCAGUGAGAUCCGGGAAGAUAAAGAUCAUUAAAUUAUUCACCUGGAUUCGCUGUUGGGCUCUGGCACGUCGCAGGAUAUCAACACAGUCUGCAUAGUAAUGUAAACGUGCUAUUAUGGGACACAGACGUUCGCCGGGUCCUGGCCUAGGCUGCAGGGAUCGAUGCGCAUGGUCCACAACUGGCUCUUUUCCUAAGCCGAGAGCGUCUUUAAGCAGGGUGGAAACUGUGGUCGCAUGGAUCGUGCCCAUGAUGAGUAACGAGUUGGGCCAAAAGUUUGUCCACUUUGCUUUUGAGUGAAACCACAUUGUCAGUGUAUGUUGACAGUGAGCCCUCCAUGUCAUUCACAGUCACCUUCAGUACAUCCACCUUCGACCUGAUAGCCGCUAUAUUAGCAUUUAGCUCCGUAUUCACGCUUUGCAGCUCGGACUUUAUCUGGGUCAGAUUGUUUGUCAUUGCCGUCUCUAAUUCAGUCUUCAAAACGCCUACCAACGAGCCUCUGAAGAGUAGAUCAAAUCCACCUGAGUGUCACCUGAACACAUGCUUCAGUGGAAGGGUACAACUCAAGGAAAUCUGACCUUUUGUACAAAGGAGUUAAGUUGGUCACUGCCACAAAUAAGCUUAAAUUUGAUUGCUGACCUAGAAAUAGUGCUGAACUUAAAUAUUUAUUCUUCAACGUCUUGUGUUUUCUGUUUUCUGAAUCCUCAAACUUACUGAUCAUUUCCAGGUUUCUUGAUGGUAUCUGACAUAUUAAUUUUUAUUGCAAAAAUUCAACAAAUUACAACCUGAACAGUUACAACCAUUGUCAAAGCUUUUUUUUUUUUUUUUUUUUUUUUUCCACAAUUUUCCAAGCACCAAUGCUAAACUCAUUUACAGUUCCCACCAGGAAUUAUAAUACUAGUAACCAAAUUGCUUACCAAAUUUAAACAAAGGCAAUGUCCCCAGGAGACAAGAGAUCAAUCAUCCAUGCAUUGUUAAUUCUCACCCAAUGCCACCUCCCCGUGCUUUUCCUUAGACAGUAUAAAUAUUUGACCUUUGGGACCUGUUUCCAGAUCACUUGCACCACUUACAACAAAGCCCUUUCUGCAGGAUUUAUUAUCUAUGAAGAGUGCCUGUUACUUCAUCAUAUUUACAACCCACUGUUGGCCAAUCCGCCUCCUACACUUCAAAGUAGGAGGUUAAAUAUAAGUAGUAGUAGCGUUUGCUGCUUCUAUGAGACACUUUUCUUUCAUUGCUGAGGCAGGAGAACUGGACAGAUCAACCUAGUUUCUGCUUGAAACAGGACAACACUUACAGCCAUGAGGCUUCUCUGUCUGCUGCAGCUGGUCUGCUUAGCUGGUUGUGGUGCUUCCCAAGCAAGAAACUGGGCUCAUCAUGGUGCCCCCAUGUUUGCCGACCUCACAGUUCGAGAGAUGAAGGCUGUCCGUGACUACCUGCACGGUAUUCCAGAGAUGGGGCUCACUGAUGCUCACAGUAAGACUCUGAAGAAGAACAGCAUCUUACUGAUGGAACUCCAUCUGCCAAGGAAACAUGAAGCCCUGAGAGCUCUGGACCGUGGACAAGCCAAACCCCCACGUCAAGCCCGUGUGGUAAUCCAGUUUGGGAGCCAGACCAAGCCCAACAUCACUGAGUACAUUGUCAGUCCUCUGCCAUCCCCAGAUACCCAUGAAGUCAAGACAUUCAAGGGGGAUAGGCCUGUCCGGUUUGAAUCGAGACCUAUUAGUGCUGUAGAGUAUAAAUUUAUUAUUGACAUCCUUGAUAAGAUCACAACUAAAGUUCACAAGCUUCUCUUCGAGACCACAGGAGGGUUUUCCUUCACUAACUGCUCUGACCGCUGCCUGACGUUCUCAGACAUAGCCCCCCGAGGGCUGGGUCCAGGUGAAAGGAGAACCUGGAUCAUGUUGCAGAAGAUGGUGGAAGGUUAUUUCAUCCACCCAGUUGGGUUUGAGGUACUGAUUAACCAUCAGGAUCUGGACCCAGAGAAGUGGACUGUUGAGAAGGUCUGGUACAACAGUAUGUACUUUGAUAGUUUGGAAGAGCUGUUAGAAAAAUAUGAAUCAGGAGCUGUAGAGAAGGUCAAACUACCCGACCAUGAUGACAGUGACCUCUACUCUACCUUCAUCCCACGGGGUCACAGCAACACUCGCACUAAUAUCCAUGGUCCGAAGCUCGUGGAGCCUCAGGGAUCUCGCUAUCAAGUUGACGGCAACUUUGUAGAGUAUGCCGGAUGGUCUUUCGCCUAUCGAGUCCGCUCAUCAGCUGGGCUUCAAGUCUUUGAUCUCCGUUUUAAUGGAGAAAGGAUCGCCUAUGAAAUCAGCCUCCAAGAAGCUAUUGCCUUCUAUGCUGGUGACACUCCUGCUGCCAUGCAAACAAAGUACAUAGAUGCUGGCUGGGCAAUGGGAAGCUCAUCCUUUGAACUAGCACCCGGAAUUGACUGUCCAGAAAUUGCCACCUUUGUCGACCUUCACCACUACUUUGACACAGACAAACCUGUGCGCCACAAAAAUGCACUCUGUAUUUUUGAGAUGACCACUGCUACGCCUCUGAGAAGGCAUUUCAACUCAAACUUCAAGGGGGGAUACAACUUCUACGGAGGACUGGAGAAUACAGUGCUGGUGUUGCGGACAACUUCGACAGUUUACAACUAUGAUUACAUCUGGGACUUCCACUUCUACCAGAAUGGUGUGGUGGAGGUGAAGGUCAGCGCCACCGGAUACAUCCAUGCCACUUUCUUUACACCUAAUGGACUUCACUAUGGCUCCAAGGUGUACAACUAUGUGCUGGGGAACCUGCACACACACCUCAUCCACUAUAAAGUUGACCUGGAUAUUGCCGGUCGAGAGAACAGCUUUGAGACCAUGGAUCUGAAAUUUGUCAACUUCACAAAUCCCUGGAGCCCCAGUAAUUUCAUUGUCCAGUCUCAACUCCACAGGACAGAACACAAGACGGAACGAACUGCUGCUUUCCGCUUUGGCAAAAAGUUUCCCCGCUAUGUGCACUUUUUCAACCCCAAUGAGAAAAAUAAGUGGGGACAUCAAAAGGGUUACCGUAUUCAGUUUAACUCACAUGCCCAUAGUGUGCUUCCAAGAGGCUGGAGGGAGGAAAAUGGCAUCAGUUGGUCAAGGUAUCCUCUGGCUGUGACUCGUCAUAAAGAUAGUGAGGCCAGCAGCAGCAGCAUUUACACCCAGAAUGACCCCUGGGAACCUGCUGUGUCCUUUGAGAACUACAUCCGCAACAAUGAAGACAUAGUCAACCAGGACCUGGUAGCCUGGGUGACAGUGGGCUUCCUGCAUGUGCCUCACUCUGAGGACAUCCCCAACACAGCAACACCUGGCAACGCAGUGGGCUUCUUCCUCCGACCCUUCAACUUCUUCGAUGAAGACCCUUCAGUGGCAUCCAGAAGCACUGUCAUUGUCCGACCAGGCCAGGACGGCAAGCCCAAGGUCCAGAGAUGGACACCUGAGGUCGUAGGUCACUGUGUGACAGACAAGCCAUUCUUUUACAAUGGCUCUUACCUGGGAGUCUAAGAGUGUUGUUGGGGUUUCCCAAAAAAUAUUUCAGCACAAAUAUCAUAUUUGUUUAAUUUAAGUAAGUUUGUAAAAUGAGCAUCUCAUAUAAAUAGCAAUCACUUCCAGUAAAUAUGAUAAGAUUUAUGUAAUAUCCAACCUUUUCCUUUGUUGUAAUAUUUAAAUUUUGAAAAAAAAAAAAAAAAAAAAGAUUGAAAUGAAGAACAUUUAAAAAGGGAAAUGUUGAUAUUGUGUGCACAUUGUUUUAAUAAAUGAUGCCUGAAAUUUUGCCAGCUGGUCAUACAGUAUAUAACUUAAAAUCCUACAUAUUUUUAAACAAAAAUUCUUAAGCUGCACAACUAAGCACCUCUCACCACCUCUCUCUAUUACUGGUCUCACUUUUCUAUCCUACUGCCUUAAAUGAAAAAAGAAAGAAAAACAUGAAUUUCAGACUGAAAUCAUACACAUGCAAACUUAAUCUUAAAGUCAAAGUUUAUGCAUCAAACCCUUGUCUGUAUCACACCACCUCAAGCCACACAUGUAACCUUGCAUGGGGGGGGGGGGGGGGAAUAGGGUGCCAUGAGAGCUCCCCUAAUCCCAUGUUGGGUCUCCAUGGCCGAGGUUUAGCAGCAGCGAGCAUGCAGGAUGCAGGAUGCUCUGUAUCCGCCCUGCUCGUGGUAAACUGCUGGGCCUCAGCAUGCUCUGCUUGCCCCUGGGGUGGGAAUGUUUUUGCUAGGAAGACAACAGGCCUUACAGAGCAAACAGUCUGAUUCCGGAUGCUUCCCCGCAAACAGUCCAGGAUACCACCUGGCUACACCGUUGCCCCUGGUAACCUAACUAUACAUACAGUAACAAUGUGACAGAAUGUACAGAAUAUCAACAGCGCAUGUACCAGCUUUGUCCUUUAUGUACACAUUCCUAACAUAGCAAUGUCACUUCAACCAAAAAGAGCUUAUAGAGUGCCAAAAAGUAUUUUGGUCAUAUGUUUUUGAUUUGAUUUUGAUUGAAACUUUUCUGUAUUAAGCAAUGAUUAAUAAACACAAAUCUAUGUGAGCCAGACUUUGCAAACUGAACAGUGGCAAAGUCGGUUUGUGUGAAUUGUAAAUAAGUGUUUUUUGAUUGGGUAAAAGGAAUCUGGCCAACAACUGUCAUCAGUAUUUUCACAGUCUGAAACCCUUUUUAAAAGUGUGUGCUGAUGUUUUACAGUGUGCAUGGUAAAAGAGGGAUAGUAUGAGAGCUAUGCACGCAUGAGAGAAUGGACGCCGUUAGAGGAGGGGACAAAAAACAAUGAGAAUUCACUCCACUUGGGUAACAAGCAUUCCUAUAGCUAUUCCCAUGGCAGUGGUGUCCUUGACAUCACAACAGACAAACUUAUAGGAACACAACACAGUUAAUUCAUUUCAAAAUAGCAUACAAUAGUUUUACAAGUAAGAAAACAUCAAAAAAUGGUGAAAUUUUAUCUCACUAUAAUGCAGCGAUUACAUAAAAUCAUUUACCUUCUCUCUCGCUUCUCUUUAAAUCUUUUUGAAACUUUCUGGGGAGUCUGGAAUUAGUGAAAAAAUGCUGUACUCUUAUAGCAGCUAAGACUGAAUAUUGACAAAAACAUAAAGAUCUACAUUCAUUUAUGUACAGUUGUAUUAAACAUUAAACAUUGUUUUACAAGGCAGCACUAUAUACCUCACAUCAGCCACACACUGCUGUAGAUCAU